AUGGGGGCCCUUCCGUGGCUGCUCCUGCUCUCACUGCUCCAGGAAGGCAGCCAAAGGAGAUUCUGGAGACGGUGCGGAUCCCAGGAAGUGGUCGCAGCCCUGCAGGAGUCCAUCAGCCUCCCCCUGGAGAUACCAUCUGAUGAAGAGGUUGAGAACAUCAUCUGGUCCUCCCACAUAAUGCUUGCUACUGUGGUACCAGCGAAAGAGGGACAUCUAGCUGCCAUCACCGUGACCAACCCUCGCUACGAGGGCCGAAUCUCAGAUACCAUUCAGAGAAGGCCUCAGCUUCCUUCUGCCUCCUGACCAAGGCAUUGCUCCUCCUCCUGCUCUUGGUAA